UUCUUCUUGACUACAAACAACUAUACUACAAACAGCCCUAGCAACAACAGCGCCUCUCCAAUGGUCGUGCAAACACGUUUGCGAUCACGCUUGCGAACGCGCUUGCACCAAACGCGCUCGCGCUCAAAUGCUCUCACCAAUUCCAAAUUUUCCUCUCCUUCCUCCGAAAACUCUUCCACCCAAUCUCCUCGUACGAAAUCACGCACGCAACUAAGUCGUAAUUCUAAACGUCUUUCUGGUAAUGCCCGUCGCGAAGCAUCCGAUCCCACGUCAGAUGUGAUUGCAAAAUUGGUCAAGCUUCCGUCGACCGACGAGAGGAGGAAAUUGAGGAAACGAACG